CUUUACACUUGCUGGAAAUGAACAUUGUUACGUUGAGUUGCAUAUCGAUAAUGGGCCAGGGCACGAAACUAACAAACUGGUUAUCACAUCCGAGACGUUCUGAAGUUGACCGCUCCUUGUAAUUUUGCAACUUACACACAUUUAUAUUGUGGAGGUAGGUAUCUAUAAGCUACUUAAUUUUCUGGACCUUUCUCCUCGACGUACCGUGUCAUCCUCCAUUCUUACAAGACUGGCCUCGCGGAACGGCCGAAGGCCGCUUGAUUGGCAACAUGCAGAGCCUUAAGCCUCCUGAUGAUGACACCGAUCUCGUAAUUGACACCGACGGAAUUAAACCCUUUGGAGGGGAUAAGCCUGUUGUGAGCAGCCACUACCGGGGCGUGUGCUGGAACCGUAAGAACCGACGCUGGCAGGCUGCUAUCAACUCAAAUGGAAAGCAUUUAUAUCUGGGCUCGUUCCAAAAGGAGGAAGAGGCUGCUCGGGCCUUUGACUGGGCUGCUAUCAAGUUGAGGGGCAACCGAGCCAGAACGAACUUUCCGUACGAAUACUAUGUUGACGAGCGUGGCAACAUCCUGGACGAAAGGGCCAUGUCCAAAAUUGAGAGCAUCCUGACGUCCAAAUCCGAACACGGCAACGAGGAUCCGGCUGAGGCUCCUGCGGGCGGUCUAGCGCUAGCGUCAACCCACAUCAACCCCUGCAAUGACGGCGGAGCCAAGCCGCCGCACUCUCAUCCCCAGACACACCCGGGGUGCGGUGCUGAGGGGACCAUUGCUGCGGACUGGCAGCGUCAUGCAGCCCGCGGCGGCGGCGGUGGUGCGCAGCAGCCGCAAUCGUACGGCAUGGGUCCUCCCGUCAGCAUGGGUCCGCCUGCCGCUACGGCCCCAGGUGCACCCGCCACAUUCCGCUCUGUUGAUCAGCAGCAGCAGCAGCCCCGGUAUGUGACCACGCCAGCUAACGUGGCUCAGGUGCCCGGCAUGCCUCCGCCUCCGCAGCACAUGCACUCGAUGGCGCCGCCGCCGCUAGCGCUGUACGGCGGCAUGGGACAUGCACCAGCGGCUCCGCACCCGCCUCCGCAAAACGGCGGCUGCGGCGGCAGCAUAACCACAGGUGCCAGCGGUUACGACACCCCCGCUAAACAGCUGCAUGCGGACCGUCAACAGGCGUGUGCUGCACGGAGCAGUGCAGGCAACAGCGCCGCGCCUGGUGCAGGUCUCCUCCGCACCUCCUCACUACCAGGGCUCUCCGUGCCCGACUCCGUACAUCGUGCAAUCCUGGAUGAGCUGCCCGGCGGCUGCUCGCUGCUGGCAGUUGUGCCCAACCGCUCCAACCGGGGGGAGCUCGUGGGCGCGCUGUAUCAUGACAGCAGCCAACCGGGGCUGGUAGGCUCCUGCGUCUGGACGGGCAGCAGCGUCAUACGCAUGGGGCUGUACGACACGGAACGAGACGCGCGCCAGGCGGCGAUCAAGUGCAUGCAGCUGUACUUGGCGUUCUGCUCGGGCGACUGGCAGGUGGACUUUUACAACGCGCUGUCUGACAUGAGCGGCGGAGCGGGUACGGCAGUAGAGGGUGCGGCAGCUGCUGUUGGUACCGCUGGCAUGGCGGCGGCGUCCGGGGUGCACGGUGGUGAGGUGGUGGUGGAUAGCGUCACACAGGGCACGGGGGUGCUACGGCCGCCGCCUCGGUCGCAGGUGCCGGUGCACUACGCCGGUGCAGGUGCCGGGCGCUAUGACGCAGGGAGACACGGCGGUGUCGGCGUUGGCAUGCCUGCCUGUGGCGGUGGAGGCAUGGUGGGCGGUCCUGCAAUGGCAGGAGGUGCAUCUGUGAUGAUGGGGCAGCAACACCAGCCGCCGCCGCCGCCGCACCUUCAUCAGCAGCAGCACCUACAGUCGCCGCCGCCGCAACCACAACAGCAUCAACAGCUGGUGCUGCCGCACCACCCCCAUCACCCCCAACCUCACUACCAGCACCGGCAGCACCCGGCAUCAGCCAUGACUAUUCAGCAGCAGCAGGCACAAGGACCGGCGAGCCUCACUAGUCACGGCAUGAGUGCUCACGGCGCCAACGGCGGCGUCAUGUACGGUGGUGCCGACAACAGCGGCUGCAACGGCCUCGGCGUUUACCAGCAGGCGCCGCCGCCUUCGGCACAGCAGCAGCCACCACCAGCCUGCAUGGCCGUUUCCCCCAGCAACGCAACAGGCAGCGGCGGCGCUCUUGAAUGCACGGCAGCUGCGGCGCCGUUGCGAACCAUGAGCUCGGGCCGGGGCGGUUUCGGAGAUCUGUUCUCGUACGUGACCGGGUUCGACCCCCACCACAGUCAAAGAGCUGACGGAAUAGCAGCCGUGGGGACCUACGCUGGAGGGCCGUCUCAGGGCGUAAUGGCGGAUGGCACGGGGCCGGGGCUCGGCAAACGUGCAGCGCUUGUUGACUACAACACCCUUGCAUUCCAACAGCAGCAGCAGCUACAGCAGCAGCAGUCACAACAGCUGCAGCAGCCGCAGCGGCAAGCUUACCAGCAGGCAAUGGUGCAGCAUUCGGACGCGAAACGGACACGGGCGGAUGCGGGACCGAACAACGGCAUGAGUGCUGGCGAUGCUCCCUUAGUAUGCAUGUAGGAUCGGGGCUGCCCGUCAGCUCUUCAGCCAUCGAGACGUUGUGAUUACAUAGGCUCUUAAGCUUUAUAAUUGGUAGGGUACGGAUUUGGGUCUAGGAGAAUAGUGGCAAAGGCGAGUACCACCUGAUGUUUCUCCUCUUAUGGUUUCUGAAAGAGUGCUCAUGCGUGCGUCUUUCCUAUCUUCCUGUUUUGCCUUAGAGAGGGCCUCUGCUGUGUGUACUUAUGUGGUCGUGAAGACCGGGUGACGGUACCCCAAUGGGGCCCAUCAGGAAGAGAGCUCGAAUGCACCUGUUUUGUUGGCGAGGCUGAGGAAAGCCAAGUCUCCCCCGAUGUACAUAGGUCCCCUACCCAUGAAAGCUCAAUACGUACUUACCGGUUGCGGUGGUUGGCUACAAGGCUUAAUGGCUGGCAUUCAUGCAUGUCCUUAAGUGCACGCGAGGGCGUGCGAAACCAUUGCAGUGAACAAUUACUCUGACGUUCUUGUUUGUACAAUGCAACAAGAACGGUUGUCCCCUCUGUUGUCUUUUUGGUUCGGAAGGCUUGGAAGGAAGGCUGCUUAAAAGGAGGUUGUUGGCGGGGUGCUCCUUGUAGUCUCGUCGUAGCUCUUUGGCCGGUUGUGCCGGGCGGGAAACCCUUCAUGCAGCUCGCAGGAUGCCUAAUGGGCUGAAGGCCGAGACUGUGACCGCAGGUGAACUGUGGGCGUUGGGGUUGGGUUCUUGCCGCUUCGACUUUCGGCCGCCAUGCCUCCGUUGCAAGGUAAGCGCCUGGAGGUGCUACGUCGGGUUACUGAGUGGAGCAAAGCGUUGAACGACAUGGAAUGACACAGCAUUGAAAAUCCUUGACUGAUGGAUUCUGGAUUUAUGGUAAAGGAAGCAGAGCGUGUCGUAUGCGCUCCGAUUGUGCCUAUCGGCUGUGGUGUAGGCCUGGUGCGGAGCAGCCCUCUCAUGAUGUACCGGUAUUGUGUCGCUGUUCGGCUAGGGCCGAGUGGAUGUCCUUUGGUUAGGAGCGUAAGCGAAUGGCAACGGAUGGGAGCAUGACAUUACUUCAUUCAUGUUCGAAUCCCUUAGGAUUAGGAUUAGGUAGUCGCAGUGAUCAGAUGUUGGGGUAGCUCCCAACUAGGGUUGUUAACGAAGCUGCCCGUAACAAACACUUCAUUUCACCGCCCACUCGUGUGUUGGGGGUUCUUCUCUAUAGCUUUAACGGCUUUCCUCCCUUUCUACAGAGGCAGAUGUAGGUAGCAGCCGGGACGUGAUCCUUGGUCUUAUUUUGUAUCUUCCCCCGGAUUACGAGGGCCCUUAUAAUUGUACCUUUAUUGCCAUUGGUGCCGCAUACACAUCUACCACCGGUACGUUUGAUCCACCUCCCCACACGCAUACAGAGUGAGCAUAUGGGCACGGGCCUGCCUGUGUGCCCCGAGCAAUCCCUUCCUCAUGUAAUAAACCUCCAUCAUG